CCACCAUCGCCACGCCUCGCCUCCGUCGCCAGGUACCCACUCCCCACUCCCACCCGACCCGACCCGAGAGUGUUGAUUGAUUGCGGAGGCACGCAUUCAUGCUGUUGGAUGUGGGAGAGAGAGAGAGAGGACGUUUUCCAGCGCUUUGGAACGGUCUUUGGCAGUGUUUGUAUAACUGACUGACUGCUGUGGCAGAGGUGUGGCAGACAGUAUCUUUUCUAGAUGCGUAGCUUUCCUGAGUUAGUUCUGGGGGAGGAGGGAUUGGGAGUCGAGGAGGCUUGUGUUGCCUGGAUGUUUGAGUCUCUUGUGCUCUAGAUGUUUGCCACAACUCGUUUCUUUCUCCUUUUUCUCUCACCUUUAGCCGUUGGAAUUUCUGUCUUGGGACGAUUCGACGAGCGUGCAGCGAUUCGGGGUUUGUGAGAUGGGGAGGUGGGUAUGAGGUCGUAUCCCUGGGGGUUUAGUGUUGGGUUUGUUGCUGGUGGUCGUGAAGGUGGAAUCGGUGCGGUGAGGAGUCGGAUUGUGGAGUGGGCAGAUUUGAAUUUUGGACCAGGAGCCAUGAAAGGACAGCUUGUCGCGGCCAGAUUGGAUUUGUAACCGUGGAUUUGAGAUUCGACUUGAGCUGCCAACAUGGGUCGGAGUUUGAAAUUAUGUCGCUGAGUGGAAGUGCGGUGCACAGGAUAGGGGUUGUGGUGUAGAAGAGGCUGGUAGAAGGAGAGUGGGGGAUCAGUGCGGUUGGGUAUCCAUAAUGUCGCGGUGAAUGCGCAACAGUGAAGCCCAAGCUGACCCUGGAGACAUCGGGAUCUCGACUGAUUGAUCACUUGUUGACAAAUGCUAGUAUUAGUUUUUGACCAGACUUUGAUCCACUAGGUGAGAUAGAGGGGCUGGCUCUCGGAGCCAGCGCCGCACAAUGCGAAAUCAUGGUUGGCAGCCUCCGUUUCACCCUUUGCAGACGGUGGCAAUUGUGGUCUUCUCUGCGCUGGCCUUCUCGUUCUAUGUAUUCUUUGCUCCGUUCCUGGGUACUAGAACCUUGAAAUUCAUUGUAAUCGGUGUUUUCACGCCUCUGGUGGUUGCAGUGUUCUCGCUUUACAUUGCGUGCACAUGGAUUGAUCCUGCCGACCCAGGUGUCCGUCUAGAGAAGCAGAAAGACAAUUCGAAGAAGGAGGUAGCAGCAUCAGGCAGGUAUGGGCAGCCAAUGGAAGAACCAAAGCAAACCAUAAUGGAUCUCCUAGCCAACCGAGAAUCUGGCUAUGGUACGAUUGAAGAAUCUGGGUGCAAGCCUAUGUCGGAAAAGCUGAUCGAGAAAUCAUGCUGCAAGAGGAAACGAGAGGACGAAGAAUCAAGUCUCGACAGCCAGUCCCUCUACUGUAGCAUUUGCGAUGCAGAGAUAUCAGUGCAGAGCAAGCACUGUAGGGCAUGUGACAAGUGUGUGCACGGAUUUGAUCACCACUGUCGGUGGCUUAAUAACUGCGUUGGCACGAGGAAUUAUAAGCUAUUUGUGGCACUGAUGGUGUCUUGCCUGCUCAUGCUUAUUCUGGAGUGGGCAGUAGGCAUCGUGGUGCUUGUCCGCUGCGUGAAAUACGAGUCUGCAUUUCAGGAGGAAAUCAGAGACAAUCUUGGCAGGAGCUUUCCUCGUGUGGCUUUCAUGGUAGUGCUGGUUCUCUUGACCUUCCUAGCAUUACUGGCGACUGCUCCUUUGACCCAACUUUUUUUCUUCCACCUCAUCCUCAUGCAUAAGGGAAUAACGACUUAUGAUUACAUUUUAGCAGUCAGAGAGCAGAACCAAGAGUAUUGGGAUGAGGUCGGUGGAUUGUCAAGUGUAACGACAACCCCUCAAACAUCCACCGAGACAGGGUUUAGCGGCUAUAACAGUUCAGCACCUAAACGCAUUGUUUUCUGCACACCUCCACGCAUGUUUGUUGAUCAAGAUCAGACCGUGAUGGCAUUGAGUGACUUAGAGGUGGGAAAGGUUGGUGGUGGUAAGAUCAUAGACGCCAAAUCGCAACAGAGACCUGCACCAGUUGGUCUGAACCCAUGGAAGCUGGCACGUGUGGACAGAGAUGAUGCUGCAAGAGCAGCAGCUCGGGCACGGGAGAAGUCUUCAAUUCUUCGCCCUGUUAGACCCGGCGUAGACCCGUCAGCAAGUAUUGAUUCGGACAGCAGUUUGCAGAGCAGUCUAAGCUCAAGUGGAGAGAUCAGAGUCGCUGGGAGCCGGCGUAGUAGGAAGAAGCGAAAUGUGCCUGGCCUUCGAAGGGAAAUGUGGUCUAUAACUAAGAACAAAUGGGAUAGGAUCAUACCUCUCAGCGGUGAAGAGGACUUGUUUGCUCCACGCAGUGAAGGACUACAGCCACUUUCGCAAGAGCCCACUAGCCCAUAUCGCUCAAGCCCCAAUGAAGCGUACUCUGGUGCUCCUCGGGCUUCUUUCCCUCCACCUGCUUCCUACCCCCCACGAGUCCUCUUCCCUAGGUAUCCUGGCGACGCAAUGCCUUCCAAUCAUGCGCUCCCAGGAUCUGACAACAGUCGAGUGACACAAGGGAUUCCGCACACCUCCAAACCUGACAAGGCUCUCACGGAACUGUCAGUGAACAGCGUCGACGUUCUGCGUAUUUCUGCUAACAGUGAUGGGUAUGAGGCCUCGUGUGGAGAGAGUGGGGAUGAUACGAGCGACGCAGUUGGUCUCAGCCAGUCCUGGAAUAAUGCAUCAUGGAGCAAGUUUUCCAUGAACAAUCCCGCCUACGCCACUCCCGUCGUCAUGGUUCCUGUAUGGGGGCAGGAGAAUUUUAAAGAGGAGUCCGCGAAACCCUGGGUUGUAUUCAGUGCAUCCAGCUUCAAGCAGGAUGUUAAGGAAAGUCCUGGAGGGCAAUCUGCAUCUAGUGGGUCAAGAGUAGAGGCGAACAUCCUGAAGAUGAAGCCAGAGCUUCGAGAUGCCAGGAAGCACACCUCCUCUCCAACAGUAUACGAAGACUCUCCACUGCGUGAGUCUUCUGACUUUCUGUCCGAAGAUACCACCACGAGCUAUGGGGAGACUCCUGACAGAGGCUCAAUGAGCUCAUUCUUCUACAACGGCCCGUUGGAUGUUAGCUUCAAAGCCCCAUCUGAGCGGCACAUGGUCUCAAACAGACGGCUGAUGAACUCAAUCAUGCAAGGUCCCAGGCUUUCUCGGCCCACAGACGAUCCUAAGCUGCUUGUAGAAACACCUUGAGUGACCACUCUGGCUUGUGCUCUGUACAUUUCUCCCCGCAAGGAAUGAAUCCCUUGAUCUGAGUAGCGACGCUCGGGUUCUCUGAAGAGACUCCGUGCUUGUGCAGAAAGGUUGAAAUUUGCAAUCAGAUCCUUAAGUCUACCUCAGCCUGCCCACUAAAGCUACCAUACCUUAGUAAGCAGCAUAUGGGCUUGAAUCUGCUGCCCCGCCAUCUAGUAGCAGUGAUGGGGGGCACAUCGUCUGGUGGAACAAUACUAAUGGAAAGAUGAAGUUGGUUUCUGAUCUUCGGAGGUCCUUGAAAAGAAUUGGGGCUUGUAAUCUUGUGCAGUAUUACCUUCGUAGAAAUUGAAACUGGAGACAGUCAUUCAUCCUUCCUCGUUCUUGCGAUUCUCUUCUUUCCUAUUCUUGAAUGGGAUUGUGUGAGACCUCUCUUCAAUUCGUUACAAAAAGCUACCCGAGGUCUGGCAGGGCACAACGUGCACUCUUCGCUGCAUCAGUGGAAUUUUAUUAGCCGGAUUCAUAAAAGCUUCAUGCCCACUUCCCUUACCCGAGUGGAACGUUUCAUUUUGAAAAGUACGUUUAAACCUCUAUUUCUGUUUGAAACAGUAGUACAGUGGCGGUCAUAAUGAUAGUGUUACAGACUGUUUUAAUGAGAAUGUUGGAUCGA